CGCUGCUCAGCGCCGUUUUGGCGCAUAUGCGUUGAUCAGGGAAACUAAAAUAUUGAAUCGUAACUUUCGUGGUUUCGUGUGAUGUUGAUGAUGAUGCUCUGAAACACCUCUGCUAAAAAGAAUGCGCGUAUUUUCGUACGAUACAUACAAAAGAUGUUCGUAUAGUAUUGUUCCGUGAAAUUUAGUGGGAAUAAGUUCUAACGUUUAGAUAAUUGAAAUCGAAAAACUUGUAUAUUCGCCAUGGAUAGAAGAAAAAUGUCUACAGCAGGGGAUUCCCUCUAUCAGAUUUUGGAAAUUCCAAAAACUGCCACUUCAGAGGAUAUUAAAAAGACGUAUAGAAGAUUGGCUCUGAAAUAUCAUCCAGAUAAAAAUCCUAAUAAUCCUGAAGCAGCUGAAAAGUUUAAAGAAAUAAACAGAGCGCAUGCUAUACUGACAGAUCUAACAAAACGGAACAUAUAUGAUAAUUAUGGAUCUUUGGGUCUAUAUGUUGCGGAACAAUUUGGAGAAGAAAAUGUUAAUGCUUACUUUGUUGUCACUUCUGGAUGGUGUAAGGCACUGUUCAUGUUUUGUGGACUAAUUACCGCUUGUUACUGUUGUUGCUGUUGUUGCUGCUGUUGCAAUUUCUGUUGCGGUAAAUGUAAACCGACACCCCCUGAAGAUAGUGGUGCAUACCAUAAUUUACAGCGGAACCCGAAUCCAGAGGCUGUUGUGACAAAUCAACCGAGAGGUUUUGGCAAGGAAGAUGAGAGCGAUGAUGAUGCUGUGACAGCUCAACCUCAAAGUGCAUCUCAAAAUACAUCCAACAUACAACAACCUAUAUUUGCCAUGCCUGCACCAGGAUCAGCGGCACCAACGUCAACAGUUAAUGAAAGCACGAAUCUAAACAGCGGCGGUGAACGUGUGAUUUAUACCACUGCGGCUGCUACAAACCCAUUUAUAGGAGCCAAUGCAGCUACAACUGACACCGGACCAUCCAGAUGGUAGACUCAACAUUAUGGAAAAUUAUCACACGAACAUUCAAUUUAUAUUUUUAGCGCCGGAUCUUUACAAUAGCUUAUUAAUAUAGAUUAUAAGUUCAUUGUUUUGAUAAAAUAUGCUGCAAUUUGUUUAAUAUAAUGACUCUUUUUUUCUCUAUUUCUUUUUUUCUUGUACGUAAAAUUUUUUAAUCCUUUCUAAUUCUUAUUUUUUUGUUGUAUUUUAUAUUAUAUAUGUAUAUAUAUGCGUGUAUGUAUGUGUGUGUUGAGUAUGUAUUUAUGUGUCUGUGUGUAUGUGUAUAUUGUAUUAUAUAUAUAUAUAACACACACACACACACACACACAUAUAUAUAUAUAUAUAUAUAUAUAUAUAUAUAUAUAUAUAUAUAAGAUAUCUCGCAAGAAGUUGUCAUCUUAUUUUAUCUUUUAAACUAAAAGAGAUAGACCAUAACAAAUAUAUAUCAAAUUAAAUGGUUCAAACUCAAUUAUAUUGUGAGCAUAGUAGUUUCUUCCAAAAGCUAUCUGUGUUAACGAACGGGAGGUAUGCAUAACUUUUUUAUAAUGUGAAUAUUUGGAUAGGAAAAAAGUUGUAGCGCUGCUUGAAACGAAUACAACGAUGUAUGAUAUACUGUAAAUAUUUUACAUAUUAUACCAAUUUUAUCAACUUGAAAUAUCGUGGGUGAUGUUUACUUUUUUAUUUUCAGUCCUGCGAUAUAGCCAACUACUGAUUGAAUAUUAUGAUCAAAUGAAAACAUACAUAUGUCAAUCUUAUCUUUAAUACAUGAAUCAGAAGUUGGCCAUAUCACAAAGCAGAAAGGUAGACAUCGCCUGCCAUAUUUCAAAUCAAUAAAUGUUGUAUAAUAUGUAAAAUAUUUACAUUAUCAUACAUCGUUGUAUUUAUUUCAAACAACGUUACAACUUUUUUCAUAAAAAUAUUCACAUUAUUAAAAAAAAAUUAUGCAUACGUCUCCGUUCGUUAACAGCUUUUGGAAGCAACCACUAUAUACAAUAGAGUUCAGUUUGGACCAUUUAAUUUGAUAUAAAUUUGUUAUGAUCUAUCUCUUUUAGUUUAAAAGAUAAAAGAGAAUAGUCGCUUUUGCUAUGUACACACACACGCGCGCGCGCGCGUACACACACGUAUACAUACUGACAUACUCUAUGAGUAAUUAUUAGAUUAUAUUUAUUCAAAUGGUCUUGAAUUAAGUAUAUACAUAUUAUCUAUAGCGCGAUUUUCCAUUAAGAAAACAAUAUUUUACACACGUUUUUAAACACGUAUAGAAGUAUAUUUUAUGUUUGAAUUUUUCAAACUUAUAAAGUAUUUUGUUUUUUUUUAACAUUUUUUUAAAUAGAAUCUUUAAAAGAUUAACGCAUAUAUACGUGAAAAAAAUGAAGUAAGAUAUGGAACCUUGAUAAAAGAAAUAUAUAAAUUCUUAUAUUACCGAGAAAUUACUCAAUCGAAAACAUGAGAUCAUCUGUUUUAUUUCUUUAGAAUAUAUUAACACAAGUUAAAAUUAUUAGUAUUAUUAGUAUUUUAAUCUAAACAUUCGUUUUAAAUCAACUUUUUAAGUAAACAUAUAAUAAUUUCAGUAUAAUAAGUGUGCAGAGAGAAUAUAAGUAGGAAAUAUGAAAGUAUCUCAAUAGUAAGAAAGUAUUAUAUCAUUUAAUGAAUUUCAAGUUUGCAUUUCUCAAUGAAGACUUAAUUAUUGUAAAGUUGAGCGACAUUUAAUGUUUUAUUUAAAUUGUUGGUAAAUAGCAAAAUCCUAUUAGUUUUCACUCAAAUUCAGUACAUUUUUUUAAUUUGUUUUAAUUUUUUAAAGAAAAGUUUCGUUAAAUAUUUUAUCUCGAUUUUAACAAUUGAUGUAGUCAAUUGAUGACCAAGUAACAAAGUGACAUCAAAUGACGUUUUAAUAACAUAUUGACGUUAGAAAUGACAAAUGACAUUUGAUAUACAUGUGUGUCAAGAUAUCAAGAUUAAACAUUUUAAUAACAUCUUAUUGACAAUGUCUUAUCAAAAACGUCAUUAAAAUUACUAAGACGUCACCUUGCUACUUGGAUAUUUAUCAUGGUUAUAAAGCAAUACAGUAACUUGCGUAAAAUCCCACGGAAAAAAUUCAACCCAAGUUAAUCUCUCUCGAAUUUUUGCAGAAUUGCAAUGCACUUUAUCAUUGUUAUUAGCUCUUAAUGAUAAUAAAGAAAUCGCAAAUUUGCAUAUAAUAAUUUUUAUAAAAAUCUAUAUAAAAACUUAUGUUGCGAUAUAAUAAUUUACAAAAUAAAUAUUUUGUGUGUGCUAAAUUUCAUACUAUACAUAUGUGACAUCGAAGAGUGACAUAUUAGAUUAUUAUCACAUUUGAGGAUAAUAACAUCGAUCUUAAAUUUAAUUUAAUUUUAAAAAUUUAUUUUUUGUUUCUUUUAUUUAUCUCGUUUUAUUAUCACCUAAAAAUCACAUUUUUAUCUUACAUAUCGCGAUUAGAUGAUCAAUAAUUUACCAUUUAUAUAAUUUACCAUUUUUAACAGGUUUAAUUCACGAAGCUUCUUUUUUUGAAAGAAAAUAUUGAAUAACAUCGUUCAAGACAAAAUGACUUUUUUUAACACGGGAACGGGAUUAGCCGUUUCUUAUAAGUUUUUGAACGCUACGAAUUCGAUUUCGAAAUUAUUCCAUCACGUCAGAAUUCUGAGAAAUUUGCAAUUGAAGUUGCAAAAAAGAGCUGUUUUCACGAACUUUGUCAUAUUAUAACUAUAAUGUGACGUGCUGGAGAAGUUUUAUUACAAUCAAAAUAAAGUAUAUUGUUAGUUCGACCCUCAAAAGGAAUUUUUGAUGUUGCUUACGAUUAAUAAGAUAUCCAUAAUUAAAUAUAGAAUAUAUUGCAGAAGUUAACUGUGACUUUUAGGUCAUUGACGAUUUACCAAAUAGUUUUCAAUUAUGUUUAUUUAAAAUUAAAUUUUUUAAAUUGCUGAAUACAAAUUUAAUCAAAAUUCUCAAAUUCAAAACGGUGAACUUUAUAUGGCGAAUGUGUCAAAACUUAAAUUAUUGAUAUUAUAAUAUUGAGUCUGUCAUAUUGAAUCCAUUUUGAAUUUGACAAUUUUGACAUUGGAUUUGUAUUCAGUGAUCUAAAAAACUCUUAAGUUUAAAUAAACAUAAUUGAAAGCUAUUUGGUAAAUUGUCAAUGAUCUAACGAUAAGUGUCACAGCUAACUUUUACAGUACAACCUAUAUAUAAUCAUGGAUAUUUUAUUAAUCAUAACUGACAUCAAAAAUUCCUUUUGAGGGUUGAAAGUCCUAACAACAUACUUUAUUUUGAUUGCAAUAAAAUUUCUCCAGCACGUCAUAUUGCAGAUAUAAUAUGAUAUAGUUUGUGAAAAUAGCCCUUUUUUACAACUUUAAAUACAAAUUUUUCAAAAUUCUGACGUGAUGGAGCAAUUUCAAAACCGGAUUCAGAGUCCAAAAACCUAUAAGAAACGAUUUAGUCCCGUUCCGGUGUUUUUUUCUUUAUUGAACUAUGUAAUCAAACUGGUAAAACAUCAAGAAUAGAAAAAUAUAAAUAUUUUGGCAAACGAAUUUACACAUUUUUUAAAAUAUUUUAUUUAUACUUUAAUUAUUACACAUAUUUAAUGAAUAUAUUAAGAAUUACAAUUUCUAAAUAUAUAUUUACAGAAUGUUUUGUUUAAGUCAUUUAUUCCAAUAAUUUAAUAUUUAAUACUACUAGUCAAAAGUUGACAAAGCUGUUAAAAUAUAUAUAUAUAUAUAUAUAUAUAUAUAUAUAUAUAUAUAUAUAUAUAUAGGUCAUAUUAUUAUUGUUGGAAACAGUUUUGCUCUUAGAAUGACUUGGAGUUGUAUAUUUUGUCGGCCAUACACGUAUUGACUAUUAUACGAAUAUGAGAGAGUAUUAGAACGCCUUUUAGUGUGAUGUGUGUAUUUCAUAAUAUUGUUUAGAUUUAUCUCCCUCCACUCUAAUAUUUUAUAAAAAGUAUAAUUUCAUGUGUAUCAAUGACGUACCUCUGUGUAUGGAUGUAUGGAUGUAUAUCGAUUAAUUUGAACAUUUACGCUGCAUCGAUUAAAUGAUGCACACAGCAUGCCUACGAUAAGAUUUCUUUAAUUAUAGAUAUUUAUCUGUAUUAUUCAAAUUAUUAUGUAAAUGACAAAUAUAUUGUCAAUCUGCAAGAACAUUUUCAGGACUUUUAACAAUAUAAACGCAUAUGUAAAUUUAUAUUGUAACGUAAAUGUGUGAGAGAUAAAGAUUGAACGUAAUAUGAAAAAGCCGCCUGAAUUUUUAUAGAACAUACAUAGAUGUCUGCGAAAUAGUUUUUGGAGUUUAUUCAAAUCUAAACCAUAAGUCUCUCGGUUCUUCAUAUCGAAUUAUGAUAUUGGAAGUGAAAAAUAUAUUAAAAAAUCACAGAAAAUUCUUUUUUUUUAUUAUUCUGCAUUGGCGAAUAUAGAUUCAAUAUAUUUUUACAUUUUUACAUUCGUACAUGUCGUACAUCUCCAGUAAAAAUAAACUUUACGAUAAUUGAUUGAGAUUUGCAGCUAUUUUUAUUAAUCUAUGAACGAACAGAAUGAGGAUUUUCGGCAUUUUGUUUAUUUAUUUUGUUUUAUUUAUUUUUAGAUUGUAUAAAAUAUGAUAGUAUAUUAAAAAAUAAUUUAUCUUAAUGUAUAUAGGGCGAGAAGAACAUUCAGAUGAUUUCUCGCUUUUGAAUUUUCCAACGUAAUAAUUUGAAUAAUCCAACGAAAUUAUUAGUGAAGAAAAUCAAGAACUCUGAAAAAUAAUAUUUAUUUUGAGAUAAAGCGUGCAGAUUUUAUAUAUAUUGAAUAAUUAUAAUUAUUUUAUACAAUUAGUUUAUUCAAAUUUUUUAGAUUGUAAAACGAUACUUUUUAAUUAAAUUUUAUUUAUUCUCAAUAAAUGUACAUUUAUUUAGUUAUCUAUUUACUCAUUUAACAAUUUAUUUAUCUGUGUGUCGCGCGCGCGAUUAAUAUCUUUAUAUCAUUUUCAUAAAUAUAGAACAAAGUAAAAUUUUUUAGGGAACAAAGUAAAAUAAAUUAUUAUAUUAUUGAGAUUAUUAAAAAAGAAGAGUAGAUAGUUUAAAUUCUUGCACAUUAUUUUAUCGAUGUGUAAUUACACUUUGUAUCAUCAGAAUUAUAAGAUACAAGAAUUUAACACAGAGAGAUUAUUCUUUAUUUUAUUGUUUUGUAUACUUGUUACGUAAAGCUUUAAAAAAAAAUUUAAACGAACAAAAACUCGAUUACGAGAUAUUUAACUCUUUCAUACACAUUUCACGAUUUUCGAAAUUUACACGCUAAUCAAUAAAUAUUUAAAAAUAUUAUAUAUGUAUUCACUAUAUUAUGAGAGAAUUCAGAAUGUUAAAUAUCUAUACGCGCAGUUAAUGUUAAAUAUUUAUAUGCGUUUAUUCAGUUGCCUAUUUAAAUAUUUUUAAUGACUCGCGUAAUAUUCUACAUAUUAUAUAGAUGUAUGUAAUUAUGUUUAUUAUAUAUAAAGUACUUAUAUAUACAUAUUUAAUGUUCCAGAAAUAUACUAUGUUCACAUGAUUGGAUAUACAUACAAAUAACUGAUAAAAUGUUGUACUUAAGGUAGUUGUCUCGCGACAGUACAAUCCAAAAUUUUAUUCUUUGAAUCAACAUUAAAACAUUUGACGGUAUACCUACGAUUACUAUAAAAAAUUUUGUACAAACAUUCUGUACACUAUUGCGAAAUCAAUUGAAAAUUGUCUACAACGUUCGCGAGCAUCAUCUGUCAUUGUUUAAUUUUCGGUGAAUAACAAAGAUGAAAUGAAAACUUUUUAUUAUUGUAUUUCUAAAAUUAAACGGUCAAUAAUUUUGAUUUUUUAAUAGAAUUUCUAAAAUGUCUUUCUAUUUUGUAUUAUAAUAAUUUUUUAUCACUUGUUAUUUUUUCUAAUUAUUAAAAUUCAAAAUACAAGAUUGUCGUACGUUUGUGUAUGCGACAUGUAAAAAAAGUGCAAUUUUUGAUAACGAUUAUAUCGCGUUCGGAACGAUCAAUUGCUUUUAAAUUGUACAAAUGUGUAUAGAUAUCAUAUUUAUGACGUAUAGUUAAAUUUUCAAAUUUUUAUUAUUUAAUUGCGGGACAACUAUCUUAAAGGAAACAGUGAAUAAUUGUAAAGUUAACAUUGUACAACACGAAAUACUGUAAAUAAAUUAGAUUAAACUAUUGAACAAAAUA